AUGAUUUAUUUCGAGGAAGCUGGCAGUAGCAGUGAUCAACGUUAUGAUUAUGAUGGAACUGAGCAAUCCAUUACUCCAUUAGUUGAAAAUUAUAUGAGCUCAAAGAGAUCAAAGAUAAAUUCUCAUUCUUACAGACGUUCAGUAACGAGUGUAACAAAUUGCACUCGGUAUAAUGAAAAAUAUCUGUAUCGCCUACUGGAACGUUCAGGAAUGCUUAAUCAACGAUUUAUGGCGAAUAAUCCGGAAGAAGCGGGCCGUAAUUUUGCUCUCUCAUAUAAAAAUCUUUUCAAAGCUAAAUCUGAUUACUUCGAUUUACCUCAAGAUGAUAGCUUUCAAUCCGAUAAUAUCAACACAUCGUUCGUGUGCAAUGAUUUAUGUCAAAAUAUCAUUCGGGGAUUAAAUGAAGCGCUUAGAAAGGAGAAAAAUGGUACACUUUUACUAAGAGUACCAUUUUUAGAUGAUGCUCGAUUACGGACAAUUAAUGAUAGUUCAACCAAUUCAACAUUAACCAGUUGUCAGUUAGGAAUGUUCAUACCAGUUGGAAAAUGCAUCCCGCAAGGUACAGAAGAAUUCGAGGAGCAUAGUAAACUGUGUACAUCUUGCGGUGGUGUAUAUGUGCUUGAUAAAAUGUGCUUCCCGCGAUUUAUCAAUGCAAUAAAAUGUGAAAGCCAAAUUCAAAAAUCUGGCUGUAUUUUCGACAAAAUUUCAACGCAACCUCAUGGUUCAUGUUACAUGCGUACGCUUACUCUUGAAGUAUUACGUAAUGAAGGAAAUGAAGAAUGUCAAAAAUGGCAUUAUGAAUAUAUUCAAAUUCCAAUAUCCUGUGAAUGUCAACUCAAUACAGAAUCACUACUAUUAAGUGCUGUGAAACCGUAA